GUGGUUGAACGUGUUGUGUAUUUUUAUUGUCACACAGAAUUUUGUUAUUAAUUUAAAUUUUAUACCGGCAUAAUGGAGAAUAAUUUAUCUGAAAGUUUAGAUGAUUUAUUGCAGGUUUUUAAAAAAGUACAUCGCAUAAAGUUAGGUGGUAGCAAUGAGCCCGAAUCUCAUUCAGAAAAACUCAAAAUGACUGUUAAUAUGUUCGGAAUGAUUAAAAAAUUAAAUCGUGAAAUCAAAUAUAACGUAAGAGAAGGUCGCGUUAAUUUAGGUGCACAAAAGCAAUCAGUCGACGGCAGUCUUUUACAUUUACAAAAUUUACUGUAUGAAAUAAAUCAUUUAAAAAAACAAAUUCGUCAUUGUUAUGAAUUUAAAAGUCAGGAUGAAGAUCUUGAUUUGCUAGAAGAUGUAAAAUCCGACAAAUUAACUUCAAAUCACAAGGAACGUAUUGCUUGUUUGGAAAAAGAAUUACAGUUAAGAAAAGAAUUGUCGGGAAAUUACAAAGAACUUUUAAACAGAAGAGAAGAAGUAAUCGGAAAUAUAAAUUUAAAACAUGAAAAGUUUUCUCUAUUUGCACCUUCUCUACAAACGUUACUUAAAGCUACAAAGCCAUUACAUGAAGCAUUAGAAAUGAACUUAGAUGUGGAAUGGAAGUUGGGUAAAUUAGUCCACUUACUUCCUGAACCUCUAUAUUUGGCUUAUAUUAAUAUAUAUUUUAUAAAAAUGGAACCAAAUUCAAAUGUGAAUCUAAGUAUUAGCGGCACUGAAGAAGAUGCAUUUAAUUCGCACCUUUCAUCUGAACUAAAUUCAAUAAGAAAACAAGACGCUAACAUUUCACAAUCUUCAAAUCUGAAUAACGAUGAUGAUAUUUCGACAUCAAAUAUACAUAUGGAGCCACAUCCACUUGCAGUUUGUUUUACGAUAGGGGAUUUAAAAAAUAUAGACGAAUGUUUCACAGUUACACUAAGAUAUUUCGAUACGUUAGGAGUUAUGACAGCAAAUUCUGAAAUUAAUUACAAUAAAACUGAUGAAAUUGUAAGAGAGAUAUCUUCAGCAAGUAAUAUUUUAGAUGUUGUGUCUAAUAAUGAUGGAGAGACAAUUCCGUCAUUUGAAGUACAACGAAAGUUAAAAUCGUUUCAAAUAAACCCAACAAGUUGGCUUCAGAAUUUGCAAAAGAAAGGGUAUGGAAAGCCAUAUAAAUGGCUUCAAAAAAUGUGUUACAUAAGAGUUAAUGGCAUUCAAAAUUGGGAAGAGCAAAAAACUCUUAAUGUUAUAUCCAACGUUAUUAAUAAAAUAAAAAAGCUUUGGCAAUGCAGAUUAAUACUUUUUACCCAAUUAAAAGCUAUUGUAAAUAAUAAAAUAUUUUUAUAUACUGAAAAUGAAAAAUUACCUCCGGGUGAACCGUCGUGCAGUUUAGUGAAAUGGACAUCCAUUGACCAAGAAGACUAUUAUGCUUCAUUUGUAGACAAAACUAAUCAAGAUUCUGAUGUAAAAGAUUCCAAUUCAUUCUAUCGCGCAUUGAUUGUUAAAGGGUCAGCUAAAAUGGAAUGCCUUAUUAGCUUACCCCUGAAAUUUCCCUUCGAAAGUCCUCUAUGGUCAAUAAAUAUAUCUUGGAAUGGUCAACAUAAUGCAACCAAUAAUUCAGCCAUAAAGCUUAUGGAAUACUGGACCAAUUCUCUGUGCCAAGAACAACUUAAUAAUGAAAUGGCUAUGUUAUCUAUGCAACUUUUACGAACAAUGUAUAGUUUUGAUAUAUUUUUGGAAACGGAAGGACAAUUUUAUGAUCCUAAGGAAUAUAAAAAGGAAAAACAUUAUAAUAGAUCAUUUUCAAAACGUAUACGAGCUCGACCGUACCGUUAUAUAGGAGAUUCAUUCAAACAAUAAAUUUUAUAAUAAAGAGUCAAUAUUACAUACACAACUACAAUAUACUA